GCUUUCCACUCGGAAAAAAAGGCGCCUUCACUUUGAAAUACACGCCAUGGGGCGAUGCCCAGUAACUUCGGACAAGCCGCUCCCGGGCACUAGUCGCUGAGAGAGACUAGUGCCAUGUUGCUUUUAAACGCACAGUCUGCUGCUGGGUUAGGGACCGCGAACCAUGCAAAACCCCUGCCGCUGGCCCCGGAGAGGAGGACGCUCUCCGCGUGUCCAGCCUGUAGGAAAGCUGAACUCUAGCGGGAGGAUGGUUUGAGGUUGGGCUGGGUUGCCUUAUGGGAGGCCGCUCAGGCUGCACGAAUAGGAAGGGAGGGAAGGAGGAGUUAGACAGCCAGACCUGGGGGAGGCUGAACGAAGAGCUUCUCCCAACGCAGUGUAUGUGUCCAGAAGGAAAGGGAGACAUGAAAGUACCUUGGACAGAGCAAAAGCAGGCUCCAAAGCCUCCACAUUGCCCAGAGCGCUUCUGAGCCCUCAAGAAGCGCUUUGAAGCCUGAAAUAUCCACCCCCCCGUUUCCCUCUGCUCCUGACAUUUGCGUUUGAAACUUUGACUUCAAUCAACUCGCUUUGGAACAGAACUGAGGUGUGCUGUUCUGUAAGUGCCCCCAAGUGGCUUCAAUUUCUGGCCUCAGUAAAAGAUCUCAAAAGAAAUGCAAGGAUGCCUGUGCUAGAGAAACUCACACAGAAGGAGAAAGAUGCAUGCAGCAAAGAUGAGACAACACUGCCCAAGCUUCCAGUGCCUCCACUGCAACAGACCUUGCACAUGUACCUACAAUGCGUGAAACACUUGAUUCCAGAUGAGCAAUUUAGGAAGACCAAGGCCAUAGUAGAACAAUUUGGAGUUGCAGGAGGCCUAGGAGAAUCCUUACAGCAAAAACUUCUAGAUAGAAGGGAGAAGAUUGGAAACUGGGUGUUUAACUACUGGUUGGAUGACAUGUACCUCAGCAACCGGUUGGCUCUUCCAGUCAAUUCCAGCCCUGCAAUUAUCUUUGCUCGUCAACAUUUCAAGGAUGUGAAUGACCAGCUGAGGUUUGCUGCUAAUCUCAUUUCAGGAGUGCUGGAUUAUAAAGCUUUACUGGAUGCCAAUGCUAUACCUGUUGAUUUUGCUCGUGGACAGCUGUCUGGUCAUCCUCUCUGUAUGAAGCAAUACUAUGGACUCUUUUCUUCCUAUCGUCUUCCAGGCCAUACCAAAGAUACUCUUGUGGCCCAGAAAAGCAGCAUAAUGCCAGAACCAGAGCACAUUAUUGUUGCUUGUAACAAUCAGUUCUUUGUUUUGGAUGUUGUAAUUAAUUUCCGCCGUCUCAGCGAAGGGGAUCUAUUCACUCAGUUAAGAAAGAUAGUCAAAAUGGCAGAGAAUGAAGAAGAGAGGCUGCCUCCAAUUGGUCUACUGACAUCUGAUGGAAGAACCGAGUGGGCAGAGGCCAGGACAAUCCUCAUGAAAGACUCUACUAACCGAGACUCCCUGGAUAUGAUUGAACGGUGUAUAUGCCUGGUGUGUCUGGAUGGCCCAAGUGGGGUGGAACUCAACGAUACAAAUAUGGCUUUGCAACUUCUGCAUGGGGGAGGCUAUAAUAAAAAUGGUGCCAAUCGCUGGUAUGACAAACCCAUGCAGUUUGUUGUGGGAAGAGAUGGAGUCUGUGGCACUGUGUGUGAACACUCCCCUUUCGAUGGGAUCGUCCUGGUACAGUGCACCGAACAUUUGCUCAAGCACAUGAAGGAAAGCUCUAAGAAAUUAGUCAGAGCUGAUUCAGUGAGUGAGCUUCCUACUCCAAGGAGAUUGAGAUGGAAAUGCUCUCCAGAAAUUCAGGGACACUUAGCAUCAUCAGCAGAAAAACUUCAAAGGAUAGUAAACAAUCUAGAUUUUAUUGCUUAUACAUUUGAAAACUAUGGAAAAGAGUUUAUCAAGAAACAAAAGACUAGCCCAGAUGCCUACAUUCAAGUUGCACUUCAGCUGGCAUUUUACAGAUGCCACAGGAGACUUGUUCCUACCUAUGAAAGUGCUUCCAUACGCCGAUUUGAAGAGGGAAGAGUCGACAAUAUUAGGUCUGCAACCCCAGAAGUUUUAGCUUUUGUAAAAGCAAUGAUUGAUGACAAGUCAUCUCUACCGGAAUCUGAGAAGAUGCAACGAUUUAAAGAUGCAAUCACGGCACAGACUAAUUAUACUAUUUUGGCCAUUACUGGAAUGGCAAUAGACAAUCACUUGCUAGGGCUCAGAGAGACAGCACGGGAGCACUUCAAGGAACUGCCAGAGAUAUUUACAGAGGAAACAUAUUUGACAAGCAGUCGAUUUAUCCUCUCAACCAGCCAGGUUCCAACCACCAUGGAAAUGUUCUGCUGUUAUGGGCCUGUGGUCCCCAAUGGUUAUGGUGCAUGUUACAACCCACAGCCAGAGCAUAUAUUAUUCUGCAUCUCAAGCUUUAAAGACUGUAAAGAGACCUCCUCAGUUAUGUUUGCUAAAGCUGUAGAAGAAAGUCUCAUGGAAAUGAGAGAUUUGUGCAGCAAAUGCAACUCUACUACGACAAAAUCACUGGCUAAACAAGAAGCAGCUGCAAAAUCUCAAAAUGGACGCAAGCUCUAACGGUCUGUGACUUAUUUUCCUGCACCCUUUCCUUUCUCCCACUCUGCAGAUCCUUAUGAAGAAACAAUGAUACAACUGUUCAAAGGCAAGGUAUAAUGAGAAACAUUUUAUUGUAGAACAAAAAUGCAGCUUGUUUUAGGUAUGAUUAUCAUUUAUCAAGAUGAAAGCUAGAAUACUAUAAUACUGAAGUUUAAGUUUUUUGCUCUAGAGUCAGCAAUAAUGAUUGGUCUGUUUAGUUGAACUGAAGAUGGCAAUAAUAUGGAACCAUACUGUACCACCACUCCUAUCAAUAUGCAAAAGUAGUUUUAACAUCCAUCUUUAUUCUGACCUUGACUAGCCCCAAGCACACAUCUGUUCCUAGUAAAAUCAAGAAUAAUCUACAUGGGGUCUUUUCAUCAGAGGAGUUCCAUGUGCAUACCAGUACAUCAGAGUCAAGUGAAGCAGAGAGAAUUUUGCCCUAAAUUAAUUCACGUACUUACUUCCUCCUCUUACUGGGUGAAAUACAUCCCUUUACAGAGGCCCAGCACAAGGCCGAGGCACUUGUCCCACUUAAAUCUCUUUAUCAGCUCUCUGCAGAGGAAUGAAUUUUAAUCACAUGACUAACAGUAGAGCUGCAUGCAACCAUAAGAAAUCAAAGAGUUACAAACACCUGGAGUAGAGAGGCAGGCACUCAAAUGUGCUCUGCAAGCUGCAGAAGUCCCCACUAUAGAAGUUACAGACAUGAUCCAUUUUUAAGAAUAUUUUUCACUCAUUCUAACCUCUGAUCAUCCCGUUUGGUUUGUUUUUGUUUUUUAGAUACAGAUGUAGUGAUUCAUACACAGUAUAUAGAGCAUUUUAGUCUUGCAUUGAUUAUGUGUCUUUAAAUAAAGCAUUUGCUUCAGUGUUAUUUAAUAUAGUUAACUAAGUGGUAAGAACAAUAUACCACCGGUACAACUUUUGGAACAAUUUAUUUUGGGAGUGGGGAAACCCUUCUACUCCCCACCUCUGUUUCAGUGACUUUCUCUCUGACUGAAAGACACAGCUAGUUCAGUCUAGAGAUUUUUAAUCCCGAUUCCUAUCCAACUCUCAUGGUAAUCAAUAGAAAGACUCUUAUUGAUUGAAUUAGGAGCAGGAGGAGACCCCCAGUUAGGCAGAAGGGUCACUCUCAGAAGUUUAGCUAGGGUUGUAGUUGGACAGGAGGGAGUAGGGAUCUGUGCUUUCUCCUCCCAUUGAACUGAAUGCCUGUCCUCAUCAUUCAUAGCCCUAAGAGCAUGGGACCAGAUAUGAUCCAGUACACAAAACUAACUGGAUAGCUGUAAGGAUAAUUGUAGUUUAUUUAAUCAAGUUUAGGAACCAACCCAGUAAAGCGCAUAUGCACAUGCUUAGCUUUAAACACGAGCAGUCUCAUUAACUUUAUUGGGACGAUUCAUGUACUUCUAGUUAAGUACAUGCUGAGGUACUCUGCUGGAGGAGGGCUAUAUAGGGCUCUGUUACAUUUAAGCACCAUGGGCCUAUUCCUCAACUUGUGUAAAUCAGCUACAUUAAUUUUACACUGGCUGAGGAUGUGGUCCCAUAUUUUAAUGCGGGUUUGCUGCUUAAAAAAAAAGCAGUUUCAUUACAGCACAGAACUGCAUUCAGUGAAUAGUAAAAAGAGAGACUAUUUUUAAAGUAUUAAAUAAUGCUACAGCAUGAUUUUGCUCCAAAAUUAAUAUAACAAAAAAUUACAUUAACUAUGUAGCGGGUAUGUUGUCUAGCAAGUAACCUUUUUUUUUUUUUUAAUUUGCUGUUUAAAAUGUGACUUUACAUUUUGUUUUCAUACUGCUGCUAAGAGAAUUACCUUUCAACAUUCUCAAUAUGAUCUUGCUUUGUUCUAUGUCACUGUGAAGGCAGUCUUCACUUUUAAUACAAGCUUGACACCAAAAUAUUUUGAUUUUUUGAUCACAAAAUUGUGUCUGAGCUUUUUGAAACGAUGAGCAAGUUCCAAGUUUGCUAAUUUAUAGAAAAUGUGGUUAUGAUUAUUUCUAAUUAGAUAUAUUUAAGAUUGGAAAAAUAUUUUACAUUUUGACAGAUUUCAAUGUGUGUUUCAAAGUAUUACUUGCACACCUUUUUUGGCACAAGCAAAUGCCAUAAAAUAGCUGACUAAUUAUUAUGUACUCAGCAUACAACUGUAUGCAUUGAAAUUGAGAUUGGAUAAAAAAUCAUAGUAUUUUAUAAUAUUCAUUUACUAUUAAUUGACAGGCAGAAAAAACUGACCACAAAAGAAUACAUCACUCAUCUGCAGAUGCUUUUAUUUUCCUCACUGCAAAUUGAUUAACAAUAGAAGGUUUUGUCAUCAUCCUUUCAUUUGAAUAAGAAAUCAACAACCACCAAUACUUACUGAUUGCUGAUUACCACCAAUUACUUAAUGAUUCCAGGCUUAGAUAUAUUGACCUGUUUUUCCUAUUCAUCUGCUUUUCACAUCACUGAAUCUUACUGAAUCAGGGUCUCUGUGCACAAGAAAUGCAGUCAGUCCAAAUGUGGCUGAAUUUUACAGUUUGUACUUAAUGAAUGCAAGUUGGAUAAAACUUCAUAGCAACUGUGAUGCCGGAAAGUGUUCUCAAUUUCUCAGUUACGGUCCAGCCUCUCGGUUAACUAAAUCACAUAUCACCAUGUUGUAUGAAACUGUGUUGUAGUGGAAUUUUUGUGGCUUUCAGGAAGUGGUUAGUUUUGGUUAAUGUAUUUAAAAUUAGUUGUUUUAGACCAGUAGAAUAAAAUUUUGUUCUGCAGCUUUAAAACACGUAAUCUCAGCAUAUGCAACUAUGCAAAGCUAAUUGAAAACUAUUACAUAUUAUUCAACUACAAAACUGUGAAUGGAUCACUCAUACUAAGUGUUUUGAGAAUGUUGUUUGGCAGGAUGAAUUCAAUAUAAUUACAUUAAUAUAGCAAGUGGCAAUGAUUUAUUAUAAACAUGUUAAUGACACUUGAAAUCCACCUGUUAACUGCAAAAUGGUUUAGGAUGGUAAGGUUUCGUGCAAUAUAUACGAACAUAUACUGUAUAUAGGCUUGGCAAAAUUAUUUUUUAAAUAAUUUUGACAGAUAUCUGCUUAUUUUAAGCAUUUUUUCAGUUUUUACUGAUUUAAAUUUUCACAGUUGCACAAAAUUAUGGGUUUUAAGCACUUUUAAUUUUUAUCUAUUUAAAUUUUCAGAGUUGCAGUAAAAUGCGGGGGGGUCAGACAAUUAUUUAAUGAUAGUAGACAGAUUCAAAAAGUUAAAGCUACAUAACCAUUAAAAAUAAACUGUCAACAUCAAGUAUCAACAUAUACAAAGUAAAUAUCCAUAAAUCAAACUUAACAAGUUCUCAGCAACAUUUUUAUGUAAUGUUCUCAGCAAUAUUAUAUGUAAAUUUUGAUUCUGAUCAUCAGUGGAAAUAUUUUUCAUCAGUUUGUGUGUGUAAGGUGAAAUCAAGGUUUACUGAUAUUUACUAAUAAAAAUCUAAUCAUCCCAAGCCUAUACACACUUUCACCCACCCACUCACCCAGUGCUAGACUGUGCUCAAAGAUAUUUAUGGACUGAUAUCUCACUUAAAAAGAGGACUCUCAUGAAUAUCAAAAUUCACAAUGAAUAGACAGAAGUGGGAGAAAUCUUCAAUAGUGAUGCACAUUAAGGGAUAAAAUACUGCUGGCAUUAUCCCUGUGAGUAGUCUCAGUGACACUAUGCAUGUAAGUUCAGUAGGAAAUGGCUAUAACAAUGUAGCAGAACCUUUUAUGGUAUGUGAAUUACCAUACAAAAUUAAUAUUUUAGUGACAUUUUUAUUUUUAUAACAUAGUAUAGAUUUAUGGCAAAUGUAAAUGUGUAUUUAUAGCAUCUUAAUUUUGUUUCUGUUCUAAGUUUUAUGCUUUAAGGAAACAAAUAUCUAUAUCUAGAGAGAUAUAAAAUUGAAGUAAACUGUAUAUUGGUACUAUGAACUCAGAAUAUUUAAACAGUAAAAAUCUGUGUCCAAUAAAAAGUAUUGCAAGAAAA